AUGCGAGAUCGAGUAUCAAUCCGAUUACCAUCACAGACCAUCUCCAAGAGACCAAACCCCGUGCCUGCAUGGUCGCAGAGCCGCUUGAUCCACUCGACAAGAGCAUGCUACGGAAUACUUCCAAAGCCGAUGGAUACAAAGCAGCCAGACGAGAGCACAUCAAAAAAUAGCAUCGAGGGAAAACCGGUCGAGCUCUCCAUGGAUGAUUACAACGAGCGAGCCAACAUAUACCUUGACACUCUGGUAGUUCGGUUGGAGGAGAUGCAGGAGAAGCAAGGCGGCUUCGAGGUCGAUUUCUCGGCUGGUGUCAUGGAAAUCGAGAUCGCCUCAAAAGGCACAUAUGUACUAAACAAGCAGCCUCCGAACCGUCAGAUUUGGCUGAGCUCCCCUAUCAGUGGGCCGAAGCGGUACGACUGGGUGGUCAAAGGCGAGGGUAUGCAUGACAAAGCGGGUGCUGGACAGGGAGAGUGGAUCUAUCUUCGGGAUGGGUCAAGUUUGACUGACCUGCUCCGCAAGGAGAUAGGCGUGGCUAUGGAUGACGGUCUUGCAGAGGCUUGA